AUGACAGAACUCUGCGAUCGGGCAACCAACGGUAAUCCUCACUCCACAAACGUCCUACCCGCCGCCAGUUUGACCGGUUCUAAUGGACUUGGCAAGGCGAUUGACACUGCGCCGAGAGGCUCCAUCACCAGACCGAUAAACGCUUCUGGCAGAGCGGAUUUACGCUUGCCGCAGCCUGACAGUGUGGUGCUGGUGAAGAAGAACAACUCUUUUUCUUACGCUCCAGAGAUGGGAAGUUUUGCCUGGCUUAGAUCAAAAAGCAAACAUCUGUCGGAAAAAAGUGUUGAUCAGGUUGGUUGA